AUGGUUGAAGAAAAGAAGGAUAAAAAGAAAGAUAUAAGAGAAACUAAAAACAGUUCAGCGUCUAUCUCUUUCCAUUACAUACUCUUCUUCUUCUUCUUCUUCUUCUUCUUCUUCAUCAUCAUCAUCGUUUUAUUCUUCGUUAUCAUCGUCGUCGUCGUCGUCUUCUUUAUCACCAUUUCUUUCUUCUUCUUCUUCAUCAUCAUCAUCGUUUUAUUCUUCGUUAUCAUCGUCGUCGUCGUCGUCGUCUUCUUUAUCAACAUUGCUUUCUUCUUCUUCUUCUUCUUCUUCUUCUUCUUCUUCUUCUUCUUCUUCUCUCCCUUACUCCCUGUCUCACUUUCUUUUUCUCUCUCUCUUCCUAUGCCUUACUCUUUCCUUCUCUCUCUUUCUUCGUCUACCGCCUUCAAAUCCUUUUUUUUUUUAUUUUCUCUCUUUUUCUUUUCUCUCCUUUUCUCUUUCCUCUCUCUCUCUCUCUCUCUCUCUCUCUUCCUCAGUUAUUCGCCUUCUCUCUCCUCCUUUACUCUCUCUCUUAGUCGUUCCCGCUUUUUCUCGGUCUCUCUCUUUUUCUCUCGCUUCAGACUUUCACCAUUCAACUUUUUCUUUCUCAGUAUCCUUUUUUUCAGUCACAGAAAUAUCACACCUUAUACUAGUUGA